CCCCUUUUCCUUGGGGCGUUUCAUUUCAUCUCCCACCAAUACCUCCCCCCCAUCUCUCUCUAAUAAACGAUGCUGCCUCCCAGUUUUAUACUCGACGACAAAUAAUAGAGCUCAGCCCGGGAUAAGAGUGAACUCGGAAACAUAGAUCAAGAUCCACGGGAGAGCGAGUGAGAGAGGAAAAGAAAGAAAGAUGAAGCAAUCCUCGUGGAGGUCCUCGAUCGACUGCUUCAAAUGCUCGCCCUCCACCCACAACGACGUGGUCGCGGCGGAUGGAGGAGAUAAUAUUCUUCAGGUGCUGGAAAAGAGGAAACCUGGUGGCUGGAAAUGCAUCCCCUACAUCAUCGGGAAUGAGACGUUCGAGAGGGUGGCCUCGUUCGGGCUGACGGCGAACUUCACGGUGUAUCUGGUGAGCAGGUACCACAUGAAGCAGGUGGCGGCCUCGAAUUUUGUGAACGUUUACGGUGGGGUGAUGAACUCGGCUCCGCUGCUGGGGGCCUUCAUCUCCGACGCCUACUGGGGCCGCUUCCGCACCCUCGCCUACGCCUCCCUCGUCUCCCUCUUGGGAAUGGUGGUGCUGACCCUCACGGCGGCGAUUCCCCAGCUCCGGCCACCGAGCUGCAGCCGGGCGGCCGAGCAGGCCGGGCAAUGCGUUGGCCCAACCAGGGCCCAACUCGGCGUCCUCGUCCUCUCCCUUGCCCUCAUGUCGAUAGGCUCAGGCGGGAUCCGGCCGUGCAGCCUGCCCUUCGGCGCGGACCAGUUCAACAAGACCACCGAGUCCGGCCGGCGUGGCCUGGCCAGCUACUUCAACUGGUACUACUGCACCUCCACCGCAGCCGUCAUGCUGGCGAUGACCGUAAUUGUCUACAUCCAGAGCAGCGUCAGCUGGUCCUUGGGCUUCAGCAUCCCGGCCGGGCUGAUGGUGAUUUCGAUAGUUCUGUUCUUCCUCGGGACGAGGCUCUACGUGUACGUGCCGGCGGAGGGCAGCGUGUUCUCCCGUAUCGCGCAGGUGUUCGUGGCGGCGUACAGGAAGAGGAAGCUGGGGCUGCCGGCGGCGGACGGUGUGGUGGAGCAGGAGAGGAUGCUGUACGACCCGCCUACGGCGAGCAAUAGGGUGACGAAACUUCCGCUCACGCUGCAGUUCAGUCUCUUGAACAAAGCUGCCAUCAUAUGCGAGGGCGAUAUGAAAGAAGACGGCUCCCCUGCGAACUUGUGGAGGCUAUGCAGCGUCCAACAGAUCGAAGAAGUCAAAUGCCUAAUCCGCAUCAUGCCUAUUUGGCCUGCCGGCCUUGCAUGUUUUGUGGCAAUGUCUCAGCAGACGACUUUCGUGGUUUUCCAGUGCUUAGCCAUGGAUCGCCACCUGGGCCCGGGCUUCGAAAUCCCCAGCGCCUCCGUCCCCAUCGUCGCCUUGCUCGCCCUGGCCCUGUUCAUUCCCAUCUACGACCAGAUCUUCGUUCCGGUAGCCAGAAGACUGUCCGGGAUGGAGAGCGGGAUCAGCCUUCUCCAGAGGCAGGGAGUAGGGAUAGUGAUAGCGGCCUCGUCGAUGGUGGUGGCGGGCUUGGUGGAACGCAUGCGGCGGGGUGCAGCUCUGGCCGACGGCGGCCUGUACGGGUCGUCGCCCCUGUCCGCCGCGUGGCUGGCGCCGCAGCUCGUUCUGAUGGGCGUCGCCGAGGCGUUCAACGGCGUGGGGCAGGUGGAGUUCUACAGCAGGCAAUUCCCGGAGCACAUGCAGACGAUAGCAUGCGCGUUCUUCUUCUGCAGCCUGGCCGGAGGGAGCUACCUUAGUGCCAUUCUCGUCGCUGCCGUCAGGAAUUAUACCAGCUGGUUGAAGGACGACAACAACGUCAAUGCCAAUAGACUCGACUACUUCUACUAUCUGAUAGCCGUCAUAGGUGUGGUUAAUACCCUCUAUUUUCUGGUGGCUGCCCGUUUCUACCGUUACAAGGGCGCCGUGGAAGUGGAACCGAAGGAAUUGAGCCGGGAAGGCGGCCCCGCUCAAGCAAACGUGAAUACGAUGGAGAGUAUAUGUUAGAAAGCCAUCCUAGUCGCCGUGGGAGGAGGAGGAUCCGAGGAUGGUAUAUAUCUAGGAAAGAGGCGGAUGGAUGAUUGUGUUUAGGGUUUUUGGGUCAUUACAUGAACUGCAGUGGGCUAGACCAUGGGCUUCUUGCAAGGACUAAACUAAAGCCACAUGAACCUUAAAGCUAUGUUAUUCCUGGAAGAACCCAGAGCUACCUAAUUUUGCCAAUCAAAAACG